AUGGCUCAUCUGGCGACACCAGCCCGCCGCACGCUCUACAACGACCCCACGUUCUCCGACAUCAAGAUCCGCCAGAUCUACAAGGGCAAAGUCAAGGAGUAUGCGGCUCAUAAGGCUGUGCUCUGCGCUCACUCGGGUUGGUUCAUGGCAGCUCUGACUGGCCGGUUCAAAGAAGCCUCUGCAGACACCAUCGAAGUUCACGAUGACGAUCCGGAAACCUUCCAAAACAUGAUGGAGUUCUUCUACGGCUUGGAUCUCGAGAGGACGCCUACCUCCGAUAACGAAAACGAAAUAAUCAGGGACGACAUAGUCCCCAUUGUCGAGCUUCACGCUCUUGCCGAUAAGUACGACGCCAACCUCCUGCAGAAGGCUGCUGUAGUUGCUUUCAAGGCUGGCACCGACGAGCUUGUUUCAUUGCCUGAUUGGAAGUCGUUCGAAAUGUUGGUAAACGCACAUUACUUGACUUGCCCAGGAACUAUGGGUGCUAUGAGUCAAGCUAUCGUCAAGUAUAUGUACAGGAUUAGCCGCUCCUAUUUUCUGUGGGAUGGAUACUUCGACAAGUUAGCCGCAAAGCAUGGCAAUUUCGGUGCUGACUCGUAUCUUGUGGGUCGGGCAGGUGGCAAGAUCGUAUUCAAUUGA